AUUAAUUAAGAGCAUUAUCAUUUUGAAAAAAAUUAUAAAAGAAAAAUAAUCAAACUUUCUAUUUUUCAGUAGAACAAAAGUAGAUCAAAAUGUGGACUGUGGUGCAUUUUAUUAAUGAAAAUGCAGUUGAAGCUGUUCCUAGCCAUUGGGUAAAAAAAGAUGUUUGUGGUUGGCCAAAAAACAAUAUAAAAAAACAUAUACAAUCUAGAACAAUGCUAAAUAAGCAUGGUUUUGAUUAUUUUCCUUCGAGAACAUUAAAAAAAGGCAUUGCCAGUUAUUUUGAAGCUAAAUUAAAAGUUAAAAAAGCUGAGGUAACAGAUGAUCUUUCAACUAGUGAUGAAAUUCAGACCAAGAUUAGAAGAAAAAAAGUAUUGGUUCAAGAUCCACCUAUUUUUAAUGAAUUGUUAAACGAAGGUAAUUUAUCAAAAUCUGCUAAUGACUAUGAAUCAUUACACAAUUGUCAAAUUAUGAGUUCUCAAAUUCCAGUUAAAAAAAUAUUAUUGGCCGCAACUUCUUCCAGUCAGGGUAAUCUAUCAAAAUCUGCUAAUGGCUAUGAAACAUUAAACAAUUGUCAAAUGAUAAGUUCACGAAUUCCAGUUAAAAGAAGAUUAUUUGAUACAACUUCUUCUAGUCAGAUUUUUCAGAUGAUUUUUGUGGUUUAAGAAAUAAUAGCCAGAAUGAUAUUCCUGAUUCACCGGAUAUUUUUAACUCGUCAACUAGUUUAAAAGAUUCAUCUAAUACUAAUGGAACUAUGCAAAAGUCAACUGUUCUACAUACAACUGCAUCGCCAUUUAAAGUCACUCCGAUAGAUUCUAACCAAUUUGAAAUCAUUGAAGUAAAUCAACCUAUUAGUAAAAGUUCCAGGAUGCUUGAUUCAGGUAAGAAAUACACAAAAUGUACUUACAUUCCAAACAAAGUUUCAAAAUUAAUUAGUUUCUAAAAUGUUUUUAAAACUUAUUCAAAUUAGUCCAUUAUUCUAUUAUAAAUU